AUGCCGCGACCUCCGCAGACUUUUGCUGGCAAAGUAUGGGUGACCGGCGUCACUCUCUUGAUUGCUUUCAUCGCGUAUACGUCGCAAAUAUUUAUAAUAUGGCCUUGGUACGGACGUGAGGUGACGGUAGAACUCCUCGUCUUGAUCGGGCCCUUCAAUUUAAUGGUUGCAUUCCUGUACUGGAACUACUUUCUUUGCGUCUAUACGGACCCGGGAACACCGCCAGCAGAUUGGGUCCCAGAAGCACAAUCCUCUGGAGGCUUUGAAGUCAAAAGCUUGACGGGGCAGCCACGCUGGUGCCGCCACUGCGAGAAGUAUAAACCACCCAGAACCCAUCAUUGCAAGACGUGCAAGCGGUGCGUUCUCAGGAUGGACCAUCAUUGCCCGUGGACAGACAACUGUAUCGGACACUACAACUAUGCUCAUUUUAUUCGGUUUCUUUGGGCGGUUGACAUUGCAUGCUCGUAUCAUUUAGCCAUGCUAACGCGCCGAGUUUAUUAUGCGUUGCUCUUCAAGUACUGGGAACCAGGAGGAGUAGAGUUGGCUUUCCUCGUGGCCAAUUAUGCUGCAUGUAUACCCGUUAUUGUCGCCGUCGGAUUAUUCAGUAUCUAUCAUUUCUAUUGCAUGCUCACUAAUACGACAACGGUGGAGGGCUGGGAGAAAGACAAGGUCACCACUUUGGUUCAAUUUCCCUAUAAUCUUGGCCCACGGCGCAACUUCCUCGCCGCGUUUGGGUCUAAUCCACUCUUUUGGUGCUGGCCACUCAAGUCUGUCGAGUCAGACGGGCUCAGUUUUCCUGUAGCGGACGGCUCUGAGCCGUCUGAACAAUACUCGUGGCCACCAAAGGAUCCCUUCCGGGACAUAGACGCCCCGCGGAAAGAGAUGCCAUCCUCCCCUUGGACAUACGGAAACGAAGGCUUCAAUCCCUCACUUCAACCUUCUAACAGACGGCAAGCAGCUGCUCCUCCGUAUCAUCCAUCAUAUGACAAAGAAGAAGAGGACGAUCGAUACUCUACAUCUUCGUCUCCUGAGCGAGAAUCGCAUUCCUCCAAUGAAUACAUUCCGUAUCCUCAGCAGGAUGGAACUCGUCGGAGAGACGGUUGGAUGGAUGCUAGCGAUGAAGAUGUGCCUAUCAAGUCUGGGAUGCGUGUCCGUCGUGGUUCCGAGGGGUGGGAGACGACUAUGCCGAAUCGCUGGGCUCAAGUCGAGGAACAGAUUCUCAACGAUGAAGAGUCUGUUUCAGAUACCCCAUUAGACGAAGAAUCUGCACGUGGUAGACCUGCACAUAGACGCUAG